GUUCCCCUUUGGACCCGGACUGCGGCAGACGGUGGACGGCUGGAGGAGGAGCACGCUGCUGCCAGGGCUUGGUCUGAGGCGGUGACCGUAGCCUUCCAACGCUGCGACGAGCAGCUCGGGGAGGAGCCAACUUCUGCGGUUCUUUGCGUCAUCGCGAGGAGUGGAACCUAUAUCUCAAGCGUUGGCAUUGCGCGCUGUGUUCUCGGAACGGAGACGCACGAUGGCGAAACGGUCUAUUGCGAUGAG